AUGGCUGUUCCGCUGUAUAAUGCCGAGUUGGCACCUCCCGAGGUUCGAGGAUCUUUGGUCGCCAUGCAGCAAAUGUCGAUUGUAACGGGCAUUAUGAUAUCAUUCUGGAUUGACUACGGGACGAAUUAUAUCGGAGGACCUGGUGAAAACCAGUCUGAGGCCGCCUGGAGGAUCCCUUUGGCCCUUCAACUUGUGCCUGCCCUCAUUCUUGGUAUCGGUGUUAUUUUCAUGCCAUACUCUCCUCGAUGGCUCGUAGCACAAGGGCGUGAUGAAGAGGCCAUCAAGGUUCUUUGCAUGACACGCGAGCUCCCCGCGGACUCAGAUAUCAUCCAGAUUGAAUACCUCGAAAUCAAAGCCGAAGUUCUGUUCGAGGCGGAACUCGAACAGGCACGGUAUCCCCAAUAUCAAGACGGUAGCAGAUCCUCGCGUUUCAAGCUAGGACUCAGCAAGUAUACUAGCCUUAUUACCAAUCGAACCUACCUCAUUCGCGUUGCUGUUGGUUCCUUGACUAUGUUCUUCCAACAAUGGACCGGUAUUAACGCAGUGCUCUAUUAUGCUCCCAGCAUCUUCAGGUCGCUUGGCCUUAGCGGGAAUACAAUUUCGUUACUUGCUACUGGGGUUGUUGGCAUAACUAUGUUCCUCACGACCAUUCCAACUGUUAUCUAUAUCGACCAAGUAGGAAGAAAGCCUGUGCUUGUUAGCGGGGCGAUAAUUAUGGGUGUCUGCCACCUUAUUAUUGCGAUCCUAUCCGCCAGAUUCAAUGAAUCUUGGCCAUCGCAUACUGCCGCUGGGUGGGUGGCGUGUGUUCUGGUCUGGAUUUUUGCUGCUGCGUUCGGGUACUCUUGGGGACCGGCUGCAUGGGUCCUUGUCGCUGAAAUCUACCCUAUCUCUGUACGUGGCCCAGGAAUGUCAAUCGCCGCGUCUUCAAACUGGAUGAAUAACUUUAUUGUUGGGCAAGUUACCCCGAGCAUGAUGGAGCAUAUUACGUACGGCACUUUCAUCUUCUUCGGCCUAUUCUCUCUCGCGGGAGGAGCAUUUGUUCACUUUUUAGUACCGGAGACUAAAGGGCUCACCCUUGAAGAGAUGGAUCUUGCAUUUGGAGAUCACUCAGGCACUGCCGCGGCAGAUCGCGAACGCAUGACAGAGAUAUCCAAUAGAAUCGGUUUGUCGCGGCUUACAGGAGGAGCUGAAAUAGGGCACGGGAAAGUAGAAAGCGCUGAUGAGAAACACAGUGUGGAACACGCUGAAUAA